AUGAACUUCAUCAAAAAGCUCAUAGGCACGCUGGCCACAGACGAAGUAGCUCUGCUCCCGUCAGGAAAGCUCUUCCUCACACGACUGCCUCGCCUGCCCAAAGGCGAGUUGGAAUGCCUCUACAACGACGCCUACGCCUCCAUCCGUCAGACAACCAGUCCUUACUACUACCAGCUCUGCAUCACACGAGUGUUCCAGGAGGGCGAGGCUGAUGCUGACGGAUCGCUGGACGGCGAGUCUGACGACGACGCCGACUUCGAGGACCACGACACGCCCAGAUCCAUCAACGACUCCUCGGCGUCUAAGGACGAAUGGACGUUUCCCAUCGUGCAAGAAUUGGCGAUCCAGUACCAGGAACGUUCCAACGGGGUCCGAGCCAUCACGUGGGUGGACUUGAACGGCGACGAAGGCGAUCAGUUCGAGUUCCGAGUCGACGAGGACGUCCAUCUCAGCGAGGUCGACCUGUUUGUGGACGCUGUGUACCGAUCCAUCUACGAGCUGCGGUUCCAGCAGAGUUCACGGGGCAUCGCCAGGGAAGAGCUCGAGGAGUUUGUGUACGAGACGCCUGUGGAGUCGUUGGCAGCGUUCCGGUGA